AUGUCAGAAUGUGACAGUGGAGGGAAUCCAAAGUUUAUUACAAGGGGAAAAUCUGGUGAAGAACAGCAGGACCAAAGUAACUCAGAAAAGAAGCAGACCUGUGAGAAUUCACAUCCUGUAAACGAGGAGGAAAAUCAACAGCAGCAAAAUAUGAAGGGGGAAAUGGUAGCUCUUUCAUCCAGAUCACAGACUCAAAGUAAUGCUGAAAAGUUAAACAACUGUUUUGAUAAUCAAAAAGAGAAAUCAGAAAGACAGAUCAAUACACAUGUGAGGAAAAAAUCCCAGGCGUGUAACAUUUGUGGGAAAACUUUCAGUUAUUUAUGGUAUUUAAAGAUACAUAUGAGGACACAUACAGGUGAUAGACCUUACAAAUGUGACGUUUGUGAGAAGGCGUUCUGUGAACUUGGUAGCUUGAAGAAACAUAUGAGGAUACAUACAGGUGAUAAACCUUAUCAAUGUGAUGUGUGUGAGAGGGCAUUCACUAUAUCAGGAAACCUGCAGAAACACAGGAAAACACACACUGGUGAGGAACCUCAAUGUGAUGUGUGUUGGAGAUCAUUCUCUGAUUCAUGUAGCUUACGGAAACACAUUAAGACACAUACUGUUCAAAAACCUUAUAAGAGUGAUUUGUGUCAAAGAGCAUUUUCUGAAAAAACCUCUUUAAAUAGACACAUGAAGAUGCACACAGGUGUUAAACCUUAUAAAUGUGAAGUAUGCGGAAAGGUUUCCUCCACAUCGGGAAACUUAAAGGUACACAUGAGGAUACAUACUGGGGAAAAACCUUUUGAAUGUGAUAUUUGUGGAAUGGCCUUCACUGUACUACAUGCAUUACAGAAACACAUGCGUACACAUACGGGUGAUAAAUCUUACCAAUGUGAUUUGUGUGGGCGGGUAUUUACCCAGUUGAGUACCUUACAGAUGCACAUGAGGACACAUGCAGGUCAUAAACCUUAUAAAUGUAAUGUGUGUUUGAAGGCAUUCAGCAUAUCAGGUAACUUUAAGAGACACAUGAUGAUACAUACAGGUGAAAAACCAUAUAAAUGUAGUGUGUGUUUAAAGGCAUUCAUUCAGUCAGGUAGCUUACAGGCUCAUAUGCUGAUACAUACAGGUGAUCAACCUUAUAAAUGCUAUGUAUGUGGGAAGGCAUUCAACCAAUCAAGUAACUUACACAGUCACACAAGGAUACACACAGGUGAGAAACCUUAGGAAUUGGAUCAGGGACUUAAAAGAAACACAUGAGGACACACACAGGUGGAAAAAUCUUAUAAAUAUGGUGUACGUGUGAAUGCAUACAAGUAUACGAGACUUUAGUGUAAGAAAAGCGUGAGGACACAUACAGGUGAUAAACCUUAUAAAUGUGAUUUUUGUGGCAGGCUUAAAUAGCUUACAGAGACACAUGAGGAUACAUACAGGUGUGAACUUGUAUGAAUAUGAAUUGUGCAAGAAGGCUUACACAUUAUCAUUUAACUUACAAAGACACAGGAGAACACAUACGGAGGGCUGAAGGAAUGUGUUUGCUAUCUGAGGUGUUUGUUAGAUUUACAAACAAGAAGAAAAAAACACAAAGAAAAUUCAAGCGAAAAAUUCCCAUUGUGAUGUGUACGCAUGUUUUUUUUUUUAAUAUUAAAGUGAAAGUAUUAGAAUAUCAAGAGAGUCAUCAAGGUUGAAAGCCACAUAAUUGUAAUGCAUGUAAGAAAUCAGUUUAAGAUUCACAAGAGCAUAAGCAUCAAACAAAAUGUUAUUUUUUUUCAGAUAGGUUAUAGGUAAACUGAUAAAAGAGAAAGCUAACCGAUUGUGCACAUAAAUGGAAUAUAUAACAUGUAUGUAAAUGUAAACACCAAUGAAAAGUGUUGAUUGACAGGAAGUUGUGUCAUGGAAUUGGUCAGUGUAAAAAACCAGAGAAGAUACCACCAUGAGCAAAUCUUCUUGACCAACAGUAGUUCUUUACUAUUGUAGAAAUUCCUGUAUUCUCAAAGAUGACACCUUAAAUCCUGGGAUAUCUUCAAUAAAAGUAAUUGACCGAUCCAAUUCAUGAUUUCUUGAAUACACUUAUUUUGUUCCAUGUAUUUUAUGUUUGAUGUAACUUUAAGUUGAUUUAUAGUCUGUACAAUUUGUUGUCUUGUAGUUCGCUGUUGUAUUUUCCAAUUUGAUUUAAUAUAAAUAAAUCGGAAGAAGAGA